AUGCACCUGGACGACGCAGACCUGGCGGCGCGGGACGCCCUGUCGCUGGACCUGGUAGACUGGCUGGCGCAGUGGCGCGCCAUGGGCGGGCGCGACCACUUCCUGGUCUCCGGCCGGGGCACGUGGGCCUUCCUCCGCCGCCCCAACGCCGGCGGCUGGGGCAACGCGCUCAUGACCUACCCGGCCGUCCGCAACGCCACGCCGCGCGAGGACGGGUACACGUGCAAGUCCACCUUCGACGCCAUCCUCGCCGACUGCAUCCCGGUCUUCUUCCACCCGGUGUCCGCCUACCUACAGUACACUUGGCACCUGCCCAGGUACUACCGAAGCUACUCCGUGUUCAUCCCCGCCGACGACUUGAGCCGGAACACCAGCAUCGAGGAGGUCUUGCUCAAUAUACCGUCGGAGAAGGUGGCACAGAUGCGGGAGCAGGUCAUCCGGCUCAUACCCGCCGUGAUGUACCGGCACCAGACGGCCAUGGGGGUUACGUUCAAAGAUGCGGUCGACGUGGCCCUGGAGCGCGUCAUCCACCGGGUGGCGAAGCGCCGGCGUGCCGCGGACGAGGGACGGGAGCACGUGGACGGCGUCGACGAGGGUGAUAGCUGGAAGUAUGACUUGCUAGAAGAUGGGGAGGAGAAGAUAGGUCCGCAUGAGUUUGAUCAAUAUCUAUACAUGCACGUAACCAAAGAUUUACUUGCCUAGCUAGGUCUAGCGGCCGCCGCUAGCCGCAACGGCGUCGUCGUGCCGCUGCUUAUUCCGAUCGACCCCUCGGCGUUGCGGCAGGAGUGUCGUCAUCGAUCCAAUCGUCUUGCUUUCUCAGGGUUCCGUGGAAGUAAUACAUGGCAAAGUUAAAUAUUAUCCAUAUGAUAAUAUCCUAAAAGCAAAGUUAAAGAUUGGGAGCUCUUAUACAUGGCAAAGUAUUACAUAUCUCUCACUAUCUCCCCUAAUCUCCCCUAAUAAUAAAGCAGCUACUGCUUCUGCCGCACGUCGUGGAUAUUUUGUAAAAAAGUCCCUGUCUUUUCAAGUAAUUAACCCGCCGUCUCUCUUUAAGUGACUAACCAGAAAAACGUUUCGUUCUUACAAAAAGAACCUCGUGUUUUGGAGUAUUCCACCCGAGAUCCUUCUGUUAAGAUAAGGUUUCGGUGGUCACGGCCGAGGUGAGGAGGCGCGCCCCGGUGCCGGCGCCGGCUCGGCUGGUGCAGCACGCGUCGAGGGUUCCCGCGGUGCUGACGGAGGCGAGGCGGCCGGACGUGGGGCCGCGAAGACCACUCAUAAAUUCCGCCUCUUCCUUUCUUCUUCUUUCAGAUCUGCUCCGUGCUUCCUCUUCCUCCUCGCAUCGCUUUUGCCAACCCAACCAACCAACCGUGCUUCUCGCCAGAGAGAGCAUGGCAGGGCGCCGUUCGUUCCUGCUCUUCCUCCCACUUGGAGAAAAAUCUUUCUUCUCGUCCGCCAUUCUUUUUUAAGUUUAGUUUCUUCCAGUACGAGUUUCUUGUUCCUGUUGAAUUCUUCCUCUUCCUGUGCGAGCCAAACUCCCACCCUUCUUGGAGCAGAAAUCGACCUUUUGUUUUCUUGCUCGUCUCUGCCGAUUUGUUCUCGAGACGCCCUCCUUUUUUCCGCCACAAGCUAUCAUCUCCGAUGGGCAAUGCGUUCGCGUGCAUGCCGCGCAAGGAGCACCGGGGCGCAGCCGCGGUGUCGCGCAGCAAGCGGAU